GACGUCAUGGCGGUCCUUCAGGGGCUCUCAGGUGCUCAUGCGAUUCUUCUAGCGACUCAUCUCUGUGCCACCGGCAAUGUGGUUGCUCUCCCGCACUUGCAGGCAAAGUUCCCUGCCCAUCUCCCGCUCGAGCGUGUCUUGCGCAUCAUCUUGACCUUUCUGCCCGAGAGCACAAAGCCGAGCUCUUACACACCAGUGCUGCAGGCGCUGGUAGAUGGCCAACUACCUGAAGCCGGUGGUGCUGGCAUCGAUACCACCUCUGUUAAAGACCUGCCCGCGGCGAUCGUGAGGAAACGUGUACGGAAGAUUCGUUUACUACCAUUACAGUAUCCAGGCGACGAGGACAGCCAGGACCCCUCUGACCUUCUUACCAAAUUCCUCAUUCACCGGGCCCAUCGCAUCGACUUAGAAACCGCUCUUCAACCUCUCGUUCUCGAUCUUCUCCUCCCCUUCUACCAACGCUCAGAAGUAUUACGCACAUGGCUGAUCUCCAGUCUCUUACCGCUACUCCGAUUGAACUACGAGUAUUACCCCAGCCAAGACGAAACUUUUUCCCUGGAUAUCCUGGAGUCGAUGGACAACAGUAUUGCGGUCAACGUUCUUCUUUCGAUGACUGGUGCGACAAAGAGCAGCAUGGACUUGGUACGAAAUCUACGCGGCCUUGUGGGUGCUUGGAUGUAUGGUAGCAACCGUUCCAAAAGACGGAGACUCAAUGAAGCGAUGCAAGAGACGUCGAUUGUUCUGCCUCAGGAUGAAGCGCAACCAAAAACCCCUUCAGGUGUCGGGUGGCAGCAAGUCAAUGAGUGGCUGCUGGCACGAAGCCUCGUUGAUCAUGAGAGUGCGGUAAACGCCUUCGUCAAUUGGGACGGGCCUGAGGAUGUCGAUCUAGGUGGAUAUUCUGAAGACAAGGAAGGUCUGUCGGAUGAUGAGCUGCAAGACUUGCGCAGGAGGUAUGGACAGACUGGGCUUGCUGUCGUAUAUGCGCACUCUGAUCCUAGCCCUCCGGCGCUGGACGGUUCCGUUCGAAUUCUCGCGCGCAUUGCGGAGUUCCUAAAGCUCGAAGAACACUCGUUCCUUUCGCCGGACAACUCAGAAUUCCCUGACGUGAAAUUUGAUCCAGUGCCGAUUUCGUCGGCAUCAAGGGUAUCCCUGCUGCAGAAUGCCCUGCUGGUGGCCUCAAACCCUCUUACGCGCCCUUCUGCCUCGUCAAUAUCCUUCCUUAGUGGUAUCUGCCUCUCUCUUCGGAUACUGAACGAUUUAGGCCACCCGACUCCAUGCAGGACAGCGGCAAACAUUUGUCUCCUCAAUAAUCAGGAAACACAGCUGUUCGAAUUGCGCAGUGUAAUAGCCUCUGUCGUAAGACGAGCAAGAUUGGGUCAUGACUGGAGCAAGACUCGCCAACAAUUGCUAUGGCUGCGUGACUGGCAAGCUGAUCACACGGAAAACACCAGCGAUCGUCCCGACUACCAUGGUCUCUUUUGGAGAGUUCCGCAGGACGUCGUCGAAGCAGAAAUAUUGAAAGCGUUGCUUGAAGCCAAAGAAUACCAUCUUGCUGUGAGCAUCUACAUUGUCUCUGGCUCAACUUUGAGCUCUACACAGGUUGAAGAAGCCGUUAAGGAGGCCAUCUUCACAGCCUACGACAACGCGAGCAACGGAAAUAGGACCAGGGGCGGGAUGAAGCGAGCAUACGACAUUCUACAAGCUUUUCAACCUCACUUCUCAGAUUCUGCCUCCUUCAAGCAGAUCCAAUCCCUCAUAUCCGCCACGCACGCCCUGUCUUUCUACUCCCUUACUUUGCAGCACGGCGUCCUUUUCCAGCCAGUCAGCAUCCGCGUCCACCCCGACCCUCUCUCCCUGAUCGAGAAAGUUCUCGACCAGAACCCUAAGAGCUACACCAAACUGGACGACUUAUUAGCCAUUGGCCGGAACCUUGUUUUAGCAGGUGUCUCCCACUCUCCAUCCGACGAAGAUGUCUCCCCCUUCUUGUCCCCUCCCUCACAGGAAGACGCCGCCAUCACUGCCGAACGCCGUAUCAUGUCCCUCGCCAUUUCCUCCGCCCUUUCCUCGAACGACUUCGGCACGGCCUACUCCUACAUUCUCACCCGUCUCACUCCCCCAUCCCUUCUCCCUACGUCCUCCCCUCUCACCAAUCCCACCUCCCCUAAAGACGACAUCACCUGGCGAGCCGUCUACAACGCCGGUCGCUACCGCGCCCCAGCCACCAGCGCCACCCCCAACAACCAGACCCAAAUCAUGCACCUCUCCCAACGCAUGGAACUCCUCUCUCUCGCCCUUGUCCUCGCCCCCAGCCCCGAACCUUUGCCCGAAAUCCUGGGCGCCUGGCGCCGCUGCGACGAGGAACUAGCAGCUCUCCGCGCACGCGAAUCCGAGGAAGAAGACAUCUGGGACACCAAAGCCGACAACCUCACCUCCACCACCCUUCCGGGAGGCUUCGGCCCCACAGACAGCGAACAAGACGCGUUCGAAACGAGACAGCACCAAGCCCGACGAGCACGGGCGCACGCCUCACAGAACCGGCUCCAUCAUGAAGAAGCUCCCAUGGGGCUGUUCGAGGUUGCCCGCGGCGCCGCUCUAGCGUUGCAAAAGAACGCCUUCCCGCUCCGGUCAGCUGCAGCGUCCGCAAAGACAAACACCCACGACCAUGAUGACCACUCUGUCCCCUCCUCGUCUCAUCUCCGCAGUGGCUCCUCCAUGUCCACCGAUGAGCAGGACGGCGAAGGCCGCGUCCGCAAGAGAGACGUCGUCAGUAACAUGGUCACUGAUGGACUCGUUAGUGGCAUUGGUUGGGUGUUGGGUGCUCAACCUGUCAAUCGGUGAACCAAGUUUCAAUUACCCCCGAGAUACCAGUAGAUCAAGGCCAUAUUACGAAGUACGACAUGAUUGUUUGAAGUGAGAUGGAACGUUUCGCCAUACAGAAAGCUAGAAGCUAUCUUAUCUUGUCCUUUAUAAGCGUGGAUUGCUACAACGUUGGUUUUUCUUUUUACUUCCCUCUAUACAUAUAUCGUCAUAUUCCAUAGCUUUGCAUGAGUGGGUGAGUGGAUUAGUGAAUGAGUGAUAGGUUGCAUAAUCUAGCAUAUUAAUGAAUGAGAGAAUAACCAAUUCUUUUUAAUCUCCUUUUUCC